AUCACGUGAGCAGAUACGCAGAAGGAGAAGAAGCGUGAUGGGCGCGUUAGCAGAGCCAGCGCUAAUAAUGAAGAAAUAACAUAACGUGCACGGAAUAAGCAGAGCGAUCACGGCGCUUCGUGGAAGAUAUCGCGCUUCUGCAGUGGCGAUUUGACCGCAGGCUGAGAACUAAGACGGAAUCAUGGCAAACGACGAGACGCUGCGCUCGCUGAUGUUCACGCUCAGUUACGUGCUGAUGAAGCGGCGGCGUGACGUCACCAGCGCAGACGCGCAGCGCAGACGCGAGGUUGAGCGGCGCGUCGCGCACAGACGGUAUUUCCAACAGAGACACAAGAGGAUGAUCAUGAUGAUGAUCGCUCAGACGUCUCGACCGGUCAGCGGCCCGCCGGCGCGCCCCACACGGGUCUGGAGCAGCAUCGAGAGCACCGAUUGGUGGGAGCGUGUGGUCAUGCGGGAGUUCCAGCCCUCUGAUUGGCUGGAGAAGUUCCGCAUGACUAAAGAGACGUUCUUCCUGCUGUGUGGGAAGCUGAAGCCGCGGCUGAGCCGUCAGGACACCCGUCUGCGUCCGGCGCUACCGCUGGAGAAGCGUGUGGCCGUGGCUCUGUGGCGUCUGGCCUCAAACGUGGAGUACCGCACCAUCAGCGCUCUGUUCGGCGUGGGACGCUCCACCGUCUGCAAGUGUGUGAGAGACGUGUGUCACGCCAUCGUGCUGCUGCUGCGACCGCUGUACCUGCGGCCCCCGAGCGAGCAGGAGCUGGAGGACGCCGCCAGACUCUUCUCCACCCGCUGGGGCUUCCCUCACUGCGUGGGAGCGGUCGGCAGCCUCCACGUGCCCAUCAUUGCACCAUCCAGCAACACCAACAGCUACUGGAACAGCCGCGGCUGGCUGUCGGUGGUCACGCAGGGCGCGGUGAACGGUCUGGGGCAGUUCUGGGACGUGUGCGCUGGGUUCCCGGGCAGCACCGAGCACUCGGCCAUCCUGCAGAACUCCACGCUGUGGGCACGCGGCUGCGACGGCUUCCUGCUGCACGAGCCACCGCUGGACUUCAUGGGCCGACCGCUGGGCUUCCUGAUGCUGGGAGACGCCGGAUACCCGCUGAAGAGCUGGCUGCUGAAGAGCUUCCCCGAGUCCAGCGUGCUCACAGAGAGUCAGAGAGUGUUUAACCGGCGUCUGGAGCGAGCGCGCGGCGUGGUGGACGAGGCCUUCCUGCGGCUCCGAGCGCGCUGGCAGUGUCUGCUGAAGAGGAACGACUGCCGCAUGGACGUGGUGCCCACCAUGAUCCUGGCCUGCUGCGUGCUGCACAACGUGUGCGAGGUGCACGGAGACGAGUUCAUCGAGCGCUGGGAGGAGGCCGUGAGGACCGAGGAGAGUCCACAGCCCGCAGACGAGGUGUCGCCCGCCGCAGACGACCGCGACGGAGAGGAAGUCCGAGCUCUGUUCUGUCAGUACUUCCUGCAGCAGGAGAUGCAGCAGCGGACGCUUGGUGUCUGACGGGGAUGUGCUGCAACGCUCUGGCUGUUCUUCUCCUCAGUUUUGUGCUGUGUGUUUUCCAGAACUUGAUCUGAUCUGUUCACUUCAGACAGAUCUGAAUGCAGAACAUCACAGUGAGAGUAAUGAACUGUAAAGAAA